GCAAACUUAAACAUAAAAUUAUCAUGCAUUAAAAGUUCAACGCUAGUUAAAAACCUUUGAUAACGUUCGGUUUCUUCAUAACAUUGUUUCUGUCUCAAUCACAGUACUGAUAAGGAUAAAUUAUAAAUCCCGUAAACAAUUAACGAAAUUUGUAGUCAAUUUUAGUGCAGGCAUAUUGUAAUUCUUUAUUGUGGAAACAUGAUUUACUCCAAAUAUUUAACGGGCGCAUUCAACACAUUGAGAAAACAACCGCUAUUAUACGGGGGGCGAUGGAUGAGUACGACAACAAAAAUAAAUAAAUUGCUGAUCGCUAAUCGAGGUGAAAUAGCUUGUAGAAUAAUUAAAACAGCGAAAAGAUUGGGUAUCAGAACUGUAGCUGUUUACAGUGAUGCAGAUGAAAAAUCUCUACACGUUUCUAUGGCAGACGAAGCUUACAGAAUAGGCCCGCCGGUAGCUUCGCAAAGCUAUUUGAAAGGCGACAAACUACUAGAAAUAGCCAAACGUUCGAACAGCCAAGCCAUCCACCCGGGCUACGGAUUCCUCUCCGAGAACGUCGAAUUCGCCGAAACCUGCCACAAAGAAGGCGUAAUCUUCAUCGGACCCCCGUCUUCGGCCAUCAGAGACAUGGGCAUCAAGAGCACCUCGAAAGCCAUCAUGUCUUCGGCCGGAGUACCGAUCGUCCAAGGCUACCACGGUGAAGACCAGACCGCCCAAACGCUCAAAAGCGAAGCCAGCAGAAUAGGUUUCCCUGUAAUGAUCAAAGCCGUUCGCGGAGGAGGCGGCAAAGGCAUGAGAAUAGCUAGCACUCCCGAAGACUUCGAGGAAGCCUUGGAAUCGGCCAAAACCGAGUCGCAGAAGGCCUUCGGCGAUUCGGUGGUGCUGCUGGAGAAGUUCGUGACGGAACCGAGGCACGUGGAGGUGCAGGUGUUCGCGGACCAGCACGGCAACGCCGUGCAUCUGUACGAAAGGGACUGCUCGGUGCAGAGGAGGCACCAGAAGAUCAUCGAGGAGGCGCCAGCGCCAGGUUUGUCCACCGAGCUGCGGAACGAGCUGGGCUCAGCUGCGGUACGGGCAGCUAAAGCCGUCGGUUACGUCGGAGCUGGUACAGUGGAAUUCAUCUUGGAUAAGAACACGCACGAUUUUCAUUUUAUGGAAAUGAACACGAGGUUGCAAGUGGAGCAUCCCAUUACGGAAAUGAUCACUGGUACGGAUUUGGUGGAAUGGCAAAUAAAAAUCGCAUCCGGGGAAAAACUGCCGUUGGCUCAAAAGGAUAUACCGCUUAGAGGACACGCUUUCGAAGCGAGAAUCUACGCUGAGGAUCCCAGCGGUGGGUUUUUACCAGGUGCUGGUCGUUUGCUGCAUUUAUCGCCUCCUGAAGCUUCCGAUGACACGCGCAUUGAAACGGGUGUGUUGGAAGGAGACGAGGUGUCUGUACAUUAUGAUCCAAUGAUAGCCAAAUUGGUGGUGUGGGGAAAAGACAGGACUGAAGGAUUGUCGAAACUUAAAGCCAAACUCCGAGAAUACAAUAUAGCCGGUUUGGAGACCAACGUCAACUUCCUGCUGGAUCUCGCCGGUCACCCGGAAUUCGCCGCCGGAAACGUCCACACCAACUUCAUCAGGGACCAUUACGAUUCUUUGUUUCCCAAAAAAGAACCCACCGCAUCGCAAUUGUGCCAAGCGGCCCUGUCGAUUGUGUCGUUGGAUAGAGCAAUCGAGGAAAAUCUAGCCUUAACCCAGAGAGACCGGUACAAUCCGUUUGUGGUCGAAUCGAAUUUCCGAAUGAAUUACCAGCACGAUAGGGAUGUUAAAUUAAAAUUCGCUGAAAAUGAAUACUUGGUAAAAAUAAUUUUUAAUGGACGCGAUAAUUACUCCAUGUCGUGCGAUGGUGGUAAAACCUGGCAUAAAGUUAAAGGGAGUAUUUCGAAAACAAACAACCGCUACAUUUUAACAUCCACCAUAAACGAAGCAGUCCACAAAUGCAGCAUAUACAGAAACGAUGAAAUUCUAGCAGUAUUCGACGAAGGUGGAAAGCUGCAAUUCUCGCUACCUCAACCGCGCGAUAUCGGCGACGAGGAGGCGGACGGAGGCGGGGGAUCCGCCAGCAAAGCGGUGGCUCCGAUGCCGGGAGUGCUGGAUAAGCUGCUGGUGAAGGUCGGGGACGAGGUGAAAACGGGCGAUUCGCUGUUCGUGCUCAUAGCGAUGAAAAUGGAGUACGCCGUGAAGGCGACGCGGGACGCUAAAAUAGCAAAAAUUAAUUUCCACGUCGGCGAUAACGUAUCGAAGGAUUCUGCUGUUAUACAAUUCGAAACCAGCGAGUAAACCUGCGUAUCUUA